AAUCUCAUGGUGGUUUAUCUUAUGGUCAAAGCCCAAGUCACUUUGAACCAAAGCAUGUGCCACCACCAAUUCCAAAGAAAUGUGACUGGGAAAUUGAACCUGCAGAGCUGGAUUUCCCUAAUGGCGCCAUGAUCCGAAAGGAUUCCUUUGGUGAGAUUGUGAAAGCUUAUUGGGAGAUGCGCACCAAUAGCAGUGAAACCUGGUACCUUGGUGACAGUCUCUCCUAAGAUCCUUUUGUUUCGUAAGUUCCAUUGCAUUGAUGCAGUCAACGUCUACCAAUCCCAGAUUUCGUUGUGGAAAUAAGCUACUCACUACCUAAAAUGCAGCCUUCUUUGCCACCCAUGGAGAUGACAAUGUGUUUGUCUGUGAUUACAGGAUGGCAAUGGUGGCCGUGGUGAUGAUACGCCAGGAGUAACGACACUUCCUACCAAGAUCAUUGUCGGUUUGAUGGAAAAUGAGAAGGAACCAUUUACUGAAACAACCACCGGUGGUCCAUCCAACAAAAAAAAUCUCUGCUUAUAAUGUCAUCCACAGCAGCUAAGAAGCCACACAUUGCAUAGUUGGAAGAGUAUGCUGUUUAAAGCCACAGCAGUGUCUUACUAGAAUAAUGCGUAAGCAUAAUCGUUGUCACUUUCACAACUACAUCUGGUGGGUAUUAUUUUCUUUAAACUAUCAGACAAUCAUAUUUGGCUUUUCUUAUCAUAUUUUGCAAACAUAUCAGUGAACAUUCAUGUUUGCGUGUUUAACUUAAAGAAAG